GUGUUGACACCGGAUCAUCCAGCAGAUCCCCACAGAGCAGCCUCCACUGCCGUAUUCAGACUUACAGCUCCCCUCGGUUCCUGUUUCCGCCGCAGCCUUGCACUCAGUUUUGUGGAGCCACACGCCGGGCUGCCGCCGCUGCGUCAGAGCCAGCCUCCCGCAGCCCCGCGCGGACGCACGCACGCCUCGGGGAAAGCACCGGCGCUGCCGCCUCAAGGAUGCACGUUGAAUGAAAGUAUCCUGUGGGACUGGGAAGCGCGCAAACAGCAGAGUUGGAUUUACUCGCCAACGCACGGCUGCAUGAAGGAGAGACGACUCCAGUCGGGCAGUGAAAACGCAGGCCGCGGAGUGUGCUAGCCAUGCUUUAGCACACAGGGAAGCCUGGUUGAUCCGCUGGAGAAACCCCCUCCCCCACCCCCCUGCCCGCCUCGCCUGAAGCGCACCUUCAUCUGCCACGUCGACGCGCCCCUCCCUCAUCUGUCAUUCAACCGUCCCUGCAGAGAUGCCGAUGCCGAGGCUGGCGCUGUGGCACUUGUGGUGACGGGGCACAGAGUGUGCGUGCGCGUCCGGCGGGGAGGUCGGUGGCUGUACGGGCACACCGGGAGCGCGCUUUCCGGGUGGGCGUGGUCUGAACCAUGCGGCCCUGGGCUGGUUCAUGGCGGUGGAUUACCCUGGUGCUGUUGGCCUGGGGCACGCUUCUCUUCUACAUCGGCGGCCACUUGGUGAGGGACAGCGAGCAUCCGGAGCGGUCCAGCCGGGAACUCUCCAAGAUCCUGGCCAAACUGGAACGGCUCAAGCAACAGAAUGAAGACCUGCGACGCAUGGCCGAAUCGCUCAGGAUACCGGAAGGUCAGGCGGACGCUGGGUCCCUGGCGGCGGGGAGGCUGCGCUCGCUGGAGGAUCAGCUGACCAGAGCCAAACAGAAGAUCCACAGCUUCCAAAAACUCACCGGAGAUGGCCCCGGGCCCACUCAGGAGGAGAUGCGGAGGAGGGUGGAGAACGGCGUCAAGGAGUUCUGGUACUUCGUUCGCAGCGAGGUGAAGAAGCUGGCCAACGUCGAGGCCGGCGAGAGGCAGAAAUACGCUGACACGCUCCUGCAGGACCUCGGACACCAGGAGAGGUCUAUCAUGACAGACUUGUACUACCUCAGCCAGGCGGACGGAGUUGGCGAAUGGAGAGUGAAGGAGGCUAAAGACCUGUCGGAUCUGGUCCAGAACAGAAUCACCUACCUACAGAACCCCCCAGACUGCAGUAAGGCCAGAAAGCUGGUGUGUAACAUCAACAAGGGCUGCGGUUACGGCUGCCAGCUCCACCAUGUCGUCUACUGCUUCAUGAUCGCUUACGGCACCCAGCGCACGCUCAUCCUGGAGUCCCACAACUGGCGCUACGCCCCCGGCGGAUGGGAGACCGUCUUCCUGCCCGUCAGCAACACCUGCACGGACCGCGCCGGCGCCACCACUGGACACUGGUCAGGGGAGGCACACGAUAAGGACGUCCAAGUGGUGGAGUUGCCCAUCGUGGACAGUCUGCACCCUCGGCCCCCCUACCUGCCCCUGGCCAUCCCGGAGGACCUGGCCCCUCGCCUGCACCGCCUGCACGGCGACCCCUCCGUCUGGUGGGUGUCCCAGUUUGUCAAGUACCUGGUUCGCCCUCAGGCGUGGCUGGAGAAGGAGAUCCAGCAGAGCACCGCCAAGCUGGGCUUCAAGCAUCCCAUCAUCGGAGUCCAUGUGAGGCGGACGGACAAGGUGGGCACAGAGGCGGCUUUCCACCCCAUAGAGGAGUACAUGGUGCACGUGGAGGAGCAGUUCCAACAUCUGGCGAGACGCGUCCACGUCGACAAGAAGCGGGUGUACCUGGCCACCGACGACCCGUCGCUGCUGCAAGAGGCUAAGACGAAGUAUCCGGACUACGAGUUCAUCAGCGACAACUCCAUCUCGUGGUCGGCGGGCCUCCACAACCGCUACACCGAGAACUCGCUGCGAGGAGUCAUCCUGGACAUCCACUUCCUGUCGCAGACCGACUUCCUCGUCUGCACCUUCUCCUCGCAGGUCUGCCGCGUGGCCUACGAGAUCAUGCAGACGCUGCAUCCGGACGCGUCCUCCUUCUUCUACUCCCUGGACGACAUCUACUACUUCGGGGGCCAGAACGCCCACAACCAGAUCGCCAUCUACCCCCACCAGCCGCGCAACAGCGAGGACAUCCCGCUGGAGCCCGGCGACGUGAUCGGCGUGGCGGGGAACCACUGGGACGGCUACUCCAAAGGCAUCAACCGCAAACUGGGCCGCACCGGCCUUUACCCCUCCUACAAGGUGAAGGAGAAAAUAGAGACGGUGAAGUACCCGAUGUACCCCGAGGCAGACAAACUGCUCAACUCUCAAAAGAAGUAAAAAGAAGAAAGGAAAAAAAAAAUGUAAAAAAUAAAAAAAAAAAAUAAUAAAAAAGAGGAGAGAAGGAGUGAGGAGAAACACGUAGGCUCCGAUUCCAGGGAAGGAGGCUGCUUUUGUACAGAAGAGCGAGGCGCGCUCGACGCGCUAAGCUGAGAAGAAAAGAAGACGCCUGCACCCAGGGGUUGAUGGGAAUGAGAAUGCACUCUGUUUGUCUGAGCGUGCGUGUGCGUGUGUGUGUGUGUGUGCGAACAUAUGGGCGUGCGUGUGUUGUAAAAUGCCUGUGCAUAUGUCGGGUCAUGGAAGAAUUGCACCCUCCCACUACUCCCCCGCCCGACGUCGUGUCGGGUCUGUAGAGACGUAGACGUGAACACUGAUUUUAAAUAAGAGAAGAAGAAAAAAACAAAACAAACAAAAAAACGAUUGAAAUCAACACAACUGACCGAGCUCUCUCUCUCGCUUUUCUCUCUCUCCGUCUCCUGAGACGACACUGGGACUACUGGAAGACUGGCACAGCCCAGAGUGAGCUUUGGAAUCAAUGACUGGGAAAAAAAAAAAAAAACAUGACAAACUGAAAAAAGGAAAAAAAACGUGUUUUGAUUUUUAUUUAAUUCCUUUUGGUGGUUUUAAUUCUAAUCUUGCCUUUUUAUUUCCUUUUCCUCCUCUUUUUGUUUACUGAAUGUACUGUACCCUCCUCUUGCCAUGCUCACCCCCCCCCCCCCCCCGCCGCCCCCCCGCCCCGCUCCUCUCACUGUGCUUCCUCCACCUCGUCUCUUCAUGUGCAAUUAAUUUUACAAAACCAUAUUGUGCUUUUAUCAAGUGUUUUUUAAUGCUCUUAAUUUUGUAUGUAUGGGGUUAGUGCAUUGUAUACUGUACAGUGUCCGCGAGAGGAUGGAUGGAUGGAUGGAUGGGUGGGUGCGUGAGUGUGUGAGUGUGUGUGCGCGUGGUGUUAAAGUCUACGGGGGCCAUGUCACGACCAGGUGCCUGGUUUCUGGUGAGCGGUGUGUUUAAUUUUUCUAGCUUUCCUCCUGAAUGAAUCGUGUUUUUGUGUGGCCGGCGGGAGACUGGCGGCGACGGCUGUCCUCAGCCUAUCAGCACUUGGAACAAUGGUAAACUCCGGUCACCUCGCCGGUGACCUCUAGUGAACAAUGGUAAGAUUAUGUGGAGUCUGGUGAACUCAUGGUGCACACACAUACGCAUACACACGCAUACGCACACACACACACACACACACACACACACACACUCACAUACAGACACUCGAGCCGUCCCGAGGUUCACCUGAAGAAGCACUCCACUGAGAUAAUGUCCAUUUCGGCAUCUUUGCUGUCUCUGUCCAUCAGUUUGUUCGGUUCCUUAUAUUUUUAUUUGACUUUUUUAACAUUGCUGUUUUAAAACAAAUGAGGAAAAUAUGCCUAUGUUUAAAAACGAUGAUGCUACGUCAUAUCAAACUCAGAGUUUCCCCCCCCCUCCCCUCCCCUCGACAUGAAGGCUUUUUUUUUUUGUUUCUCCAUAACUUAUGUUCUUGGGCAUUGUCUUUGAUAACCACAGAUCGAAUAAACUUGAGAAACCAACACAG